AUGAAUGUGGGCUCAAUACUAAACGAUGAUCCGCCACAAAGCGGAUCGACACCAUCGUCUCAGCAGAAUCAAUCGCCCACCAGUUCGAAGGUACUGCAGUCAUCGGCUUCUCAAUUGCAACUGCAACAACAGCUGCAGCUGCAGCUGCAACACCCACCUCGACAACCACCUUCCAGUCGCUCGUCGACUCAAUCGGUGCAUCAGAGGCAUUCAAUCACCAAUAUGUUGAAUGAUGCGACACAAGACGAUGAACCACCACGUGUUAAAUCUCACGACCAAGUGCUGGAGCAGAAGCCCGUUCCAGAACUGCAGCUUCCACAGCCACCAACACAACCUACACAACCUACAGAAGAGUUUCGAAAACCCUUUAGUUCAAGUGCUAUGAACUCGCCAAGUUUAGGCCAGAGGCCAAAUCCAAUGCAUAUGGGAAGCAGUAGCGGGUUCUCGAGUUCGCGGACAAGUCCCAACACUUCUAAACGAAAUAGUAUUGCUAAUUUGACCAACUCUGAAGAUACUCCAGCAAUAAAACGCGAGGAAGGUGAUAACCACAACUCGACAGCAAAAGUCAGUGAGCGAAAGGCAAGUAACGUUCCAGCAAUGAACCCCGAUGAUGAUGAUUUAACCAAGAUCAAAAAGAUUAAGCAAUCAAAUAAACCCAAGAGGUACACCACACCGCCAAUAUGGGCGCAAAGGUGGGCUCCACCAAAUGAACGUGACCCCAAAGACAUUACUAAUGGAGGCUCUAACAAUGGUGACGUCAAUGGUAUUACAAGAAUAUCACUGAAGCCAGUCUUUGACAACACUUCAACAAGAUAUGUCGAUCUACAAUGCAGCAUUACUGGAGUAAUACCACCCCCGUCAAUAACACGUACCACAGCAGAGUGGAUAUACGCGAACUUUGCCAAUAUUGAAGAUUCGAAUAGAAAAAACGUCGAAUUGGAGUUAAAAUUUGGCAAGAUUAUCGACAAAAGAACAGGGAAUCGAAUUAACUUGAAUGUGAUAACUGAGUGUAUUUACACCAAUGAAUCAAACAUACGAUUUGAUAUGGAGGUUGAAGAGAUUGCCUGGAAUGAUGUGCGUAAAAUGUUUGACGAAUUGGAAAGACAAUUCCAAGAGGAAAAGAAAGUUGACACUAGUAUUCGAGACAAGCGUAAAUUCAAUAUGCUUGAGUCUGAUCAAACUGACUCCUUCUAUCAACUUGGAAACAAGAAUGAACACUUGCGUAAAGUGAGAAUUUCAAAGGACAAUUUACUCCAACCACCGCGUUACACAGCCAUUCAAAAAGAGCGUAUUGCUGACUUGUACAUUCACAAUCCACAAUCAAUGUAUGACUUGCGUCUUUCGCUUUCGUUGGAAGUGCCAGUGCCUGAAGGCAAUAUCGAGUCCAUCAUAUCAAAGAACCAGCCUCAAUUACAACGUGACAAGAAGCGGGUCUCAUUUACGCAUACUCCAACAAUCACCCAAUUUGACCUUACGCGAGUAAUGGUUCCUCGCGAGUUUAAGAACAAGGCCGGUAAAAAGGUGGUGAAUCAUGAAACCAAAUAUGAGGUGGAAAUGGAAGCUGAUACGUUGGAAAUAUUCCAAAGCAUAGACAAAGUGAAGCAAGGAACUGAUUCAUAUCGGUUAGAGGAAUUGGUGGAGAUUUUCUUGAAUAAUGCUAGAAUUAUCAACAACCGAGUGACAAAGUUGGCAUUGUGA